AUGUUUUUGAACGAUACGUCAGCAGUUAUUUUGGAGAAAUGCAAAGUGAAACAUUAUGAAUUAAAAAAUAUUCUGGAAGUUAAUGGAAUAUCAGAGGUGGAGAUGCUGGCAGAUUUACGUGAAAAUAUCAGACAGCUGGAAGAAUCUUUGAUUAUUUUAAAUAAAUUCCAGAUCAAGGCGGAAGAUUUAGCAAAUAAUUUUAUCGACCCAGUGAAGGCGAAGCAGACCGACGUCUUAUUGUCAGCGUUGCCUGAACUACCUCAUUCUGCCAUUUUAUCGCCAACAGUAGCCGAGAUACCUAAAAAAAAUAUUUAUGCAGCGAUUGCUCAAAAUACUGCAAUUUCAUGCCAUUCAACAGUGAAUGAGAAGGUUCCAAAAAAAAAUUGCGGAGUAAUUGCGCAAAGUGCAUUGAAACAUCGUAAUGUUGUGUCAAAACGCGCUAACGAUCAAGAGAAAAAGAUAAAGAGGAAAGCUCAAUUUCAAAAUUUGGAACUGAUAAGUAACGACGAAUUUUAUUCAAUACCUGAAACAACUCGUGGAAGAAUCAGUUUGCAGCAAGUAAAUGAGGUUUUAAAUAAAUUAAAUGCACUGAUAAAUGAGAAGUAUUCAGUCAGCGAGCGUCGUUUACCAAUUGCGAAUUCUUCGGAAGCAAACCGUACAUGGACAGAACAGACUGAUCGAGAACUUGAUGGAAGAUUUUUUGUUGCUGAGUUAGAAUUGCGAACAGUACUUCUUUCAAAGGAGAAAUUAAUCCUUAAAACAAUUUUACCUUGUUUAAGAAGCUUGAAAAGAAUUUCAACCAUUCGCAUUAAACGUGAUCUCUUUCUUGUUGUUUGUAAUCAAUCUCUAUAA